CUGCUCCCCGCGCGCCGCGCGGCGGGGAGGAGUCCUCCGAGUUUGCCCCGGAGCGCGGGGAAGUUUCCCGCGAAGCUGCGCUCCCGGAGGAGCGGGACCGGCCGGCGGGUGCUCGCGAGGUUACUUCAUGGAAUGAGCACCUAAUAGAACAAGAAAGGAUCAAAGCUCUAUCGAAAAACAAAUCAUGUGGUCUUCAGAAAUGAGGAGAAAUGCAGCCAUCUGAAAUGGUCAUGAACCCCAAACAAGUCUUCCUCUCGGUGCUGAUAUUUGGGGUAGCGGGGCUACUCCUGUUCAUGUAUUUGCAAGUCUGGAUUGAAGAGCAACAUACAGGGAGAGUGGAGAAGAAAAGAGAACAAAAAGCAACCUCAGGAUGGGAGCCAGUAAAUUACCUGCAACCUAUACCCAGAAUCAUGACUAGAGAACAAAUCCGGGGACAUAUCACCAACCAGAACCUCAAGUUCCACAUCACUGAGGAUCCCAAGGGAAAAAAGGAAAAUCUUCUGCUCAACUCUGAGAGGCCAAUGAGGGUCUUAACAAAGACCAGCCACUCACAAGGAGAGGAUCGAGUUUUGGGGAAGACCACAGGGCCACCAACAAUUAAGCUGAUUGCAAAACAUCAAGGAACUAGGACUGUUUUCAAGAAGUUCAGUGAAAUGAAGUGGCCAUUGGACAUACACCCUUUAAAUAAAAGUUUAAUCAAAGACAACAAAUGGAAGGAAACGGAUGUGGCCCAAGAGAAACGCAGGUCUUUCCUUCAGGAGUCUUGCAAAAAAUAUGGCGGGGUGAGUCGUCCUCAAUCACAUCUUUUUCAUAUGGUGUCCAGGAUCUAUGUGGAAGAUAAACACAAAAUCUUAUAUUGUGAAGUACCCAAGGCUGGCUGCUCCAACUGGAAGAGAAUUCUGAUGGUGCUAAGUGGGUUGGCUUCCUCUGCGUACAACAUCUCCCAUGAUGCUGUUCACUACGGGAAGCAUUUGAAAAAACUAGAUAGCUUUGACUUAAAAGGGAUAUAUACUCGUUUGAAUACCUACACCAAAGCUGUUUUUGUUCGUGAUCCCAUGGAAAGAUUAGUGUCAGCAUUUAGGGACAAAUUUGAACACCCCAAUAGCUAUUACCAUCCAGUAUUUGGGAAGGCAAUUAUAAAGAAAUAUCGGCCAAAUGCCUGUGAAGAAGCAUUAAAUAAUGGAUCUGGGGUCAAAUUCAAAGAGUUCGUCCACUAUUUGCUGGAUUCCCACCGUCCAGUAGGAAUGGACAUUCACUGGGAAAAGGUCAGCAAACUCUGCUAUCCAUGUUUAAUCAACUAUGAUUUUGUAGGGAAAUUCGAAACUUUGGAAGAAGAUGCCAAUUACUUUUUGCAGCUGAUUGGUGCUCCAAAAGAGCUGAAAUUUCCAAACUUUAAGGAUAGGCAUUCUUCUGAUGAAAGAACCAAUGCUCAGGUCGUGAGACAAUAUUUAAAGGAUCUGACUCGAACUGAGAGACAAUUAAUCUAUGACUUUUAUGACUUGGACUAUUUGAUGUUUAAUUAUACAACUCCAUUUUUGUAGUUUGCAUUAAUCUUCUAAAACCCUGUAUUUACUUCAUGAUGAUGGCCUCAAAUCAGCUAACUGUAAUUUUCCUGCAGUUCUCUGUAUGAGAGAGAAUUUAACCAAGUGUAGUUGUCUUGAUUUAAUGAAGAUUUUUACCAAAUAGUAUGACACCAAUUCGCACAAAGUUAUAGGAAAAUUACCUUACAGAGACAUGUAAACAAGUUGAGUUGCUCUAGAAUGUAUGGAAAAUAGCUGCUUUUGCAUUAUGGAUUAUAUUAUAGAAGCAAUAACCUAGCCAGCUGCUACAUUAGCUUCAACAGCCUCUUGCAAUGAUAGAAAAAGGGAUCUAAAAUAGCAUGAGUAUAUGUCUACAUCCUGGAAUUUGUUGUCUAAAGUGCAUGGAUAUAUUUUUAGCAGUCUGUGACAUAUUACUCGAACCUUGGAGAGUUUUCUUACACCCUGGAAAUCUUUCUAUCAACUGCAAUGAUAAAUCCAUUUUGAAAUAAUAUUUUGGACCUAGGCAUUUAAGUUUAGAUUGGAAGGCAUUAUGUGAUUUACAAUAUGAGAAUAUAGCAGAAAAACCAGAUGAGGCUAUGGCUUUUUAUAUUCAACAGCCAAUAAAAAAUACACAACAUGCUAAGAUCAAAGCAACAAAAACAACCUUCCUCUUCCAGAAAAAGUUAGGGGAAUUGAUUCUGUUUUCUUCUGAGCCCUCUGUGCAGAGACAAAAGGAACAUAACCACUAAAGGUCCUCGCUUCUGAAGCAGGCAGUUGAGAAGUUUAAGUCUCAUCAGAUAUAAAUGUGCUCCUAAUUUCUGGUUUAAUUGGGCAGGGGGGAAAUUGUUUCAGGAUGGAAUAAUCAUCAAAAACAAAAGUUGCCACUCUGAAUAUGGGCCUCAAACAAUAACAAAGUUUUAUAUAAGAGUAUUAUUUGAAUCAAAGCAUCGUGUGCAUAGCUUUAUAUGUGGAAUGUACUCUAAGAAUAACUUUUGUUUCCAGUCUAAUUACUUAGCUUAGGAAUGACUUUUUAAAAAUGCCUAUACCACUUCAAAGAUAGGUUAUAUUCUAGAGAAUAAACAAAACAAGAGCCCCUAGAAAUAUUUUUAAUAGGCUUAUGCAUAAACAAAUUCAGGAGUUUUCUUUUUAAGUUCAAAUAUUCUAUCCUAACACAGUCAAAUACCAUUGCAUUCAAAUAUUAAAUCCAAGUUUUGGGAAAACAGGACCAUGUGUCACCCCUAUCGAAAGUUGUAAUGCAUUUUGGAAAUUUUUUCCAGCGGACCCUAAAUUUGAAGACACGUUUGGAUGGGAACUUAUUUUAAUUGGUUGACUAUUUGAGUUAAGAAGACCACAUGUCAUUGAAACUCUGUUUAAAUGCAGUUCUCGAACAUGUUCUUCUUCCCAAACUCUCAUUUUUUUCCUCGUCAAUAAAUAUUCAGUAACGUCUCGCAAAGAAAAGUAGGUGUUAAUAUUUAAAUAUUAAUAGA